GGGAUUGUGAAGUGAAUGCCCACUAGGACCCUCCCAGUGAGCUCUCCUCUGAACAGGGCGGAGGUACACUGGGAACGGCUGCAACUAUGCUCAAGUUGAACCUACUGCUAACGAGGAAGUAACACCUGUCCCAUGUUUAACGGUACCUAAAAACCGAACCGCAUAAUCAGGCUAGUAAACGGAUCGUUCUUUAUUUCCGUCCUGUUUCCUCGUCGUACGCUGAGGGGGUCAAAAUGUCCUCGAUGGACUUGGAGAAACUGAAGAUGACGGGAGCUGGUCGAGCCAUGGCAGUGCUGACCAGCGGUGGAGAUGCACAAGGGAUGAAUGCCGCUGUCCGAGCUGUGACCAGAAUGGGCAUCUAUGUGGGGGCCCAGGUCUAUCUUAUUUAUGAGGGAUACCAGGGCCUGGUGGAUGGGGGAGACAACAUCAAACUGGCACACUGGCACAGUGUGACCAACAUCAUCCAACAGGGUGGCACUGUGAUAGGUAGUGCCCGAUGCAAGGCCUUCACAACUCGUGAGGGCAGGCUUGCUGCCGCCUUCAACCUGGUGAAGAAAGGUAUCACCAACCUCUGUGUGUGUGGUGGAGACGGCAGCCUCACCGGAGCCAACGUUUUCCGCACUGAGUGGAGCGGUCUGCUGGAUGAGCUCGUACAGAAAGGAAGGAUCACAGACACUCUAGCCAGGCAGCAUGGCCAUCUGAACAUCGUGGGGCUUGUGGGCUCCAUCGACAACGACUUCUGCGGCACUGACAUGACCAUCGGAGCUGACUCUGCACUGCAUCGCAUCAUGGAGAUAAUUGAUGCUAUCAUGACCACUGCACAAAGCCACCAGCGCACCUUUGUUCUGGAAGUCAUGGGGCGACACUGUGGAUAUCUGGCUUUGGUGUCAGCACUGGCAUCUGGGGCGGACUGGCUCUUUAUUCCAGAGGCUCCUCCUCAGGAGGGCUGGGAGGACCAUUUGUGUUCCCGUCUAGAGGGGAACCGCGUAACGGGGUCAAGACUCAACAUUAUAAUCCUUGCAGAGGGAGCCAUCGAUAGAAAUGGCAAGCCCAUCACCUCAACUUAUGUAAAAGACCUGGUGGUGAAGAGGCUGGGUUAUGAUACCAGAGUGACAGUGCUCGGUCAUGUUCAGCGAGGAGGAACUCCUUCAGCAUUUGACAGAAUACUGAGCAGUAAGUUGGGAAUGGAGGCGGUGAUUGCCCUGAUGGAGGCCACUCCCGACACCCCAGCCUGUGUCAUCGGCCUGUCAGGUAACCGUGCUGUACGUCUGCCUCUAAUGGAGUGUGUGGAGAUGACUAAAUUGGUGCAGACGGCCAUGAACGAGAAAAGGUUUGAUGAGGCUGUCAAACUGCGUGGAGGGAGUUUUGAGAACAACUGGAACAUCUACAAGCUUCUGGCCUUAAAGAAGCCCAUCCAGUCUGAGAGCAAUUUCUCCUUGGCUAUUCUGAACGUGGGAGCUCCAGCUGCGGGGAUGAAUGCAGCGGUGAGGUCUGCUGCAAGGUUAGCGCUUUCUCAAGGACACAAAGUCUACGCUGUCCAGGAUGGCUUUCAAGGACUUGCCAAUGGAGAGCUUUUUGAGAUGGAAUGGCACACUGUGGCGGGAUGGACAGGCCAAGGAGGCUCACUGCUCGGGACAAAACGAACUCUUCCAGAAAAACACAUGGAGAAGAUUGUGGAAACCAUCACCAAGUUCAGUAUCUCAGCUCUGCUUGUAAUUGGAGGGUUCGAGGGAUACGCAGGUGUGCUGCAGCUGUUUGAAGCCCGGAGUCACUAUAAUGAGCUUUGCAUCCCCAUGUGUGUAAUCCCUGCUACAAUCAGCAACAACGUCCCUGGAACUGACUUCAGCCUGGGAGCAGACACGGCUGUCAAUGCUGCCAUGGAGGGUUGCGACAAGAUCAAGCAAUCUGCCUCUGGGACCAAGAGAAGAGUGUUUGUGGUGGAGACUAUGGGUGGGUUCUGUGGAUAUCUGGCAACCUACACUGGUAUAGCUGUGGGUGCGGACGCAGCCUACAUCUUUGAAGACCCCUUCAACAUCCAAGACUUGAAGACCAAUGUGGAGCAUUUGACUGAAAAGAUGAAGAAGGAUGUCCAGCGGGGUCUAGUACUGAGGAAUGAAUAUUGCCAUGAAAAUUACACUACAGAUUUCAUCCAUAGGCUGUACUCAUCAGAGGGAAAGGGCAUCUUUGACUGCAGAGUCAAUGUGCUGGGACACCUUCAACAGGGAGGCGCACCUUCUCCCUUCGAUAGAAACUUUGGCACCAAGUUGGGUGUGAAGGCUAUCCAGUGGAUUUCUGAGAGAUUGACUGACAACUUCCGACAAGGCCGUGUGUUCGCCAACUCACCAGAUACAGCAUGUGUGCUUGGCCUCAACAGGAAGGUCCUCUCAUUCAUCCCUGUCACUGAACUGAAGGAUGUGACUGAUUUUGAGCACAGAAUGCCCAAGGUCCAGUGGUGGUUUAAUCUUCGGCAAAUGCUAAAAAUGUUGGCCAAGUACCAAACCAGCUUCAGUGAAUAUGUCCCAGGUGAGCUUGAACAUGUGACUCGACGCUCCAUCAGCAUCGACUCUGGCUUCUAGGCUCUCUUAAAUAAGAGUUUACUCGCUGCACUUUUUUUUUUCAUAAUAUGGGUACUUUAACCUUAUCUGUCCAACCUUUGUUCUUUCGCAGACCACAUACUUUAAGUGUUUUUUUAAUCCGCUGCUAUGCAUGUAGACCUUUAAAGCCAGCAUUAAUCUCAGUCUAUUGUCAGUAACAUAGGAGUUACAGUAUUAUUAAAUAAUGUAAAAACUAUUAAUUGAAUGAGCAUUCAAUAGAGCAGAAUUUGCUAUUCUUUUGUGCCAAGCCUCUGUGUAGUCAAAUCAAUGCAAUAAAAAGUCAAGCAGGUGCCACAAAGAUGAAAUUGUAUUAAUUACCUACUAAAUAUAUAAUAUAAAGCAGCUUGUGGUGUGGAUUUAUAUAAUUUGAUCGUAAACCUAAAGUGAAAGAAUUAUGCAUAUCCAUGUGAUUCCGCAAUAAAUGAGAGCUACUACA